ACGGUCGUCGUCACAUUUUUCCAAAGUAACAGACAAAAUACGACGUAGCCAGGGCUUUUGUGUGUGUCAUUUUCUGCGGGUUCGGUGACAGAACGACUGCUGGCCAAAGGGUUUCGCUUGCAGGAUUUUGGCAAAAAAUAACUCCAAAGUGCCGUGAAUUUUUGGGGUCGGCAGCCAACAACGAUCACCAUCAUCAGUCGAACAAUUGACACGGAUCGGAUAGGUGGUGGAUUUUUUUUUGCUGGCGCUUCUCGCGAAACUGUCUAACCGAGGGAAGCUUACCAGACGUGGGCACGAGUUGAUCUUAAAUUAGAUUACGGCGCGGCAGGAUAACAGAAAAGUGUAAACAGAAUCCGACAAAUAUAAAACGGUUGAAUCAUUCUGAUUAGGCGGGCGGUAAUUAACAGGAAAAACUGAUUGUGUGAUUAAAAAAUAUUCGAAGUGAAAUAAACCAGAAACCGAUUGAAGUUGUGUAAGACGUGUGCAGUGUGAGGCAGAAAGAAGAAAAGUAACAGUGAAAAAAUACACCUGUGCUGAAAAGGGCAAAAGGCACCAGCCAUAAACCAACCAAAAUGGAGGAAAGUAGCGAAGUAGUGUUGUACAUCUAUGAUCUUACCCAGGGAAUGGCUUCGAUGAUGUCCCAAAUGUUACUGGGACGGCACAUCGAUGGAAUUUGGCACACGGCUGUGGUCGUUUUUGGACGGGAAUAUUUCUUCGGCUCCCAGGGCAUCACAAGUUGUUUACCGGGAGCAACCGUCCUUGGGCAACCGCUCAAAAAAGAAGUCAUCGGCCGCACAUUUAUUCCCCAGCCGGUGUUUGCCGAUUACGUUCGCGGUUUAGCCGAGAGCAGCUUCCGUGGCUCCAGAUACAACCUGCUGCAGCACAACUGUAACACCUUCAGCGAGGACCUCUGUCAGUUCCUGUGCGGUAUCGGAAUCCCCAAAUACAUCCUAGAUCUUCCGCAGGAAUUCCUCUCGACACCCCUCGGUCAAACGCUUGGACCGCUCAUAGCCAGUCUCGGAAGCGGAGGAGAUCCAACGGCAAAUUUUCAACACGAGUCGGAUUUUUUAAACGGGUAUUCCAACGGCGGCGGCCGUGAACCUAGUCCGGAUUUGGAACAGCUGAACCAUCAGAUCGAGCAAGCCCGGCAACAGUCUCAGGAGCUAACCGAACGGCGGAACAAGAUACGGGAUAAAAUCGACAAGAAGAGUAAAAAGAAAGAUAAGAAAAGUCGGAAGGAUCGAAGCUCGGGAGAAAGCGAUCAGAACUCGAACGGAAUGUCGGAAGCGGAAGCCGAAUCUAUGAACGGAAAUGGAUCGGUCAAUGGAGACUCGAUUCCACCGGAAAUGUUGCCCUCGGAGAAGGUGCUGAAGGAAGAGGAAGCUGAAAGGUUGGCCGAAGAAGAGAGGAAGAAGAAUCGGGAACAGCCGAUUAUUUUCAAGGAAGUCGAUCCAAAGCUCGAACUGGAAUGCCUGGUGAAUCUGGUGGAUGGAAAGCUCUCUGAGGAGGAGCAGGUGGCCGUGGAUGAACUGCAUCAGUAUUUGCUGCUCGGCGAGGGAGCCUGGGCCUUGGGGGAUGGUUUUCUUGUAUUCGUAGGGCGAGUUUUCCGGGACAAAUCCUUAUCGACAGAAGUGAGAGUUCACCUUCUCAGAGCAUUGGCCAAUGCUGCGCUCAAGGAUGAUAUCAUUCUGUUGUUGCAUCAGGAUCGGCGAGAACAUGUUCUGAUGAACUUUGCCCAGGAUAUCGACAGGCAUCCGCCGGAGGAACAGCAAGCCAUCGCUUUGUUUAUGUGCAACCUGUUCGAAAACGACAACGCUUCUGAGUGGCUGCUGUACAUCAGCGAGUGGGCCUACAACAACCAAACCAUCUCGAACAUUCGGGCCACCACCAAGGUAGCGGUCCACUGCUUGCUGGCCACCUGUCCCCGGUUGAAGGAAAUCGGAACGGCUCUGGUGUACAAUUUGGCCGCCAAAGAGGUCAAAACCGUCGUCUUCGACGAUGUGGCCGUCGAGAUUUCGAUGGCUCUGCUGCAGUUCUUCAAUACCGAUCCCACCGAGGAGCACCUCUUCCGGACGAUGCGAUCGCUGGCCAAAUUUGUGCUUGUUUCACCGGACGUCCCACAGUUUAUCCAGAUGAUUGGCCCGCACCCCAAGACAUUCAGAGGCAAAAGCGAACGAAUCAACGAUCAGAUCGAUCAGAUUUCCAAGAAAGUUCGUUAAACGUCGACCAACGUCUUCUUCUGAGAACCUUCCUAGCUUUAUCGAUUAAUGAUAUUUCGUUUUUUUUUCUUAAAACUAUCAAUAACGAUAAGAAUAAUAAUCCAAACACGCAAAACUUUCGAAUCUUAGUGUUUAUGAUAAACUAGUUAUGUACAAAAGUAUGUUAAACAGGCAAGUGAAACAUUAUUGGAAGCGAUCGAACGCGAUCGCUUGAUUUGAGCUAAUCUCAACUCUUGAAAGGCUAAAUAAAAUCGAUAAGUUUUGUGCAUUUUUUAAAUCCAUGCAAUGGCCUUCCACAGACAGACCAAUAAAAGGGUUAGCAGCGGCAACGAAAAAACAAAAACACUGCACUACUGUUAGUUUCGAAAUGUUUUGGAGUUCUUGUUCUUUGUUGCGUGUGAAAUCAAGCAUCAUGCAGCGACAGGAACGGUUUUUGGACCUUACUUUAUAAAUAUUGCAUUAUACAAUAAAAACGGUAUUUAAUGACAUUGA